GAGUAGCAUCCGCCGCGUCGCGUUCGUCGGUGUUGGGUCGCGUGGUUUGUACGAUGACUGCCUCUCACGCGGCAGCGUGGUACCUCCCCGCCGUCCCCGUGCGGCGCCGCGGCCGUUCCGUUUCCGACGUGUCGGAGUUGUGAAGGGGGCUCCACCACUCGGCAGGCGGCUCGGCGGCUCGGCAGCAUGGCAGCGGACGCGGCGAGGAGUAAAGCGCUUCUUAAGGAGCUCCUGGGCAAACCCGGAAAUGGACGUUGUGCCGAUUGCGGAGCCCCAGACCCGGACUGGGCAUCUUACACCCUGGGUGUCUUUAUGUGCCAAAGCUGCUCAGGCCUCCACAGAAAUAUUCCUCAUAUCAGCAGAGUCAAGUCUGUUCUGCUGGACCCUUGGAGCUCGUCUGAGAUAGAGUUUCUUGCCUCCACGGGUAACAAUGCUGCCAAGGUCAAAUACGAACGGAAGGUGCCGGCGUUCUACUACCGACCUACACCCACGGACUGCACGCUCCUCCGGGAACAGUGGAUUCGAGCCAGGUACGAGAGGAACGAGUUCACCUGCGUGGAGAGACAGGAGCCCUACUCGGCAGGCUACAGAGAGGGGUUUCUAUGGAAACGGGGCCGAGACAAUGGACAGUACCUCAGCCGAAAAUUUAUUCUGUCCGAGCGGGAGGGCGCCCUGAAAUACUUUAACAAGCACGAUGCCAGGGAGCCUAAAGCGGUGAUGAAGGUCCACACCCUUAAUGCCACCUUCCAGCCCACCAAAAUCGGCAAUGCCCAUGGUCUCCAGAUAACGCAUCUGAAGGACAACAGCACGAGGAACGUCUUCGUUUACCACGAGGACGGAAAGGAAAUCGUGGACUGGUUCAACGCCAUCAGAGCGGCUAGGUUUCACUAUCUCCAGGUGGCUUUCCCUGUGGCUAGCAACGCUGACUUGGUGCCAAAGCUAACCAGGAACUACAUUAAGGAGGGGUACAUGGAAAAGACUGGCCCAAAGCACACGGAGGGCUUCAAGAAACGGUGGUUCACCAUGGACGACAGGAGGCUCAUGUACUUCAAAGAUCCACUGGACGCCUAUGCACGGGGCGAGGUGUUCAUCGGCGGCAAGGAAAACGGGUACGUCGUGCUCGCCGGCCUCCCUUCAUCCAUCCAGGGUCACCGCUGGCCGUUCGGAGUCACCAUAGUAACGCCAGACCGGAAGUUCCUUUUCGCCUGCGAGACGGAAGCGGAGCAGAGAGAUUGGAUGGCUGCAUUUCAGAGGGUGGUGGACCGGCAGAUGUUGCCUCAGGAAUACGCAGUGGAGGCCUAUUUCAAGCACAAACCCUAACGUGCAGAAGAGGAGGAGGAGGAGGAGAUGGGGAAAGAGGAAGCUGACAUGAGAUAAGCUACUCCACCUCCCGCCGUCAGACUGUGUAGCCCCGACGCUGAGGGGCUAUAAAGGAGACGGGGGGCUACGGGACGGUAAGAGAGCUUCCACAGGCUGCUGCAGUUUCGGCCCUCUGGCACCACAACGUCCUUCACCCUCAACCCACUCGGUUUCCUUCCGCCUGGUCAGCCACCUCGUCGUGUCCGGCGUCAGAAAUUCUCCCCCGUUCCCUUUUUUUUUGUUUGUUCAUGAACGUCGGCAUCCAUCUGAUACUUGGACUUACGGAAGUGCAUUUUGUCCUGACCUAAACGUCCUUGUUUUGUGUACCCAGAGUAGAUGUUUGUUGUCUGUCAGAGACGGGAAAGACAUUUGAUGUGUUCUGAAAAAAAAAAUUUUGUCGGAAAUUUAAAUCUGCUGCGAGGAGUUUUGUCACUAUUUAUUUAUCGGCCUCUGUUUACCUCGGCUGCCUCUAUAUGACCGAUAUACGUGAUUGAGACCCAUCUGCUAGAAGAUUGGAUAUUGCCAUAUUAUAAUUAAUUAUUCCAUAUGCUGUCCCCUGGGUUUCACGGUGCACAGACUGGAUCCAUAGCCACCAUUACACAUCCAUUCCCUUACCACUGUGUGCACUUGCAAUACCCAUACUUGCAAAUGGCUGUAUUCACCAAAACGUCACCAAAUCUCUCAGUCUUCCUUCCAAAACAAAUGCAUGUCCUCCCAGAGAGACAAUGUAGGUCCUUGUAACAACAGGCAACGCUGAUGCAAAAUGAAUGGAGUCUUUCUUCUAUGACACAGUGCAGCUUUCGCCUACUGGGGGGGGGGGGGGUGAAGUCAAUAAAAAAACCCAAGACUCCUCAUAGCAGCUUUAAAAGACAUGGGAAGAAACUUGUUAUGUAACACAAGUCACAGUACUACUCGAAUGCCGUGAUGCAUGUGAUGAGCUGAAUUGACCUGGCGGACUGGUGGUGGAGGGUGACUGGUAUCUGGUGUGCAUAUAUACAGGCUUUCCCGCCCAGCAUGUGUAAUAUGUACAGCUCGUACAUAGGCAAACGCAGCACGUUAUUCGCCCCGUGUAUCUGUACCUUGUUUUUACCUAGUAAUGUACCGAGUCAUUAACAGAGCCAAGUAAUGCAAAUACAAUAAUCUGUUUCUGCUUUCUGAACAAAUAAAACACACGCACACAAAUUAA